UUCUUCCCUUUUUCCUCUCAUAAUUCCCACUUCCCUCCUCCACCUUCGUCUUCCUUCGUCCCAUUUCACUCUACUCCUCCAAAUCCUGACUUCUGUUUUCAUGACUUCUGCUAAGAACGCCGCCCACGCUGUCGGCGGCAAGACCGCCCGAGCCUGCGACAACUGCAUAAGGAAGCGCGCUCGCUGGUACUGUGCUGCCGACGAUGCUUUCCUCUGCCAGUCCUGCGACUCUCUGGUUCACUCCGCCAAUCCAUUGGCUCGCCGCCAUGAAAGGCUCCGCUUGAAGACUGCAUCGUUUAAAUCCUCAUCCGCCUCCUCCGAUGUGGUCGUUUUACCUACGGCGGAUCUCACUCUGGCUCCGUCGUGGCACCGAGGCAUCACCAAGAAAGCUCGUACGCCUCGACAUGGAAAGAACCAAUCUUCCGCUGCCCAUCAAACACCCAGAAGGCGAGACGAACCGAUCAGAAACCCGUUCCAUCUUGUGCCGGAGGUGGGUUCCGAUGAAUAUUCCAAUUCUCACGACGAAAACGAAGAACAGCUUCUUUAUCGGGUACCCAUAUUCGACCCGUUCGUCACGGAGCUACGUACUCCUCCAUCGUCGGCGACUUCAGCUGAAGCAGCAACAGCGGCUACUCCCGGUCCAAACCAUCAGACGGCCGACAACAAUAAAGAGACGAAGCAGACAGAAAGCAAAGUCUCAUCGGGAAACAAAAGCAAUAAUGGGGUGGACAAUAAUUUACACGGCUUUCUUCCAUCUGAAAUGGAACUUGCCCAGUUCGCGGCCGAUGUGGAGAGUUUACUGGGCAGGGGAUUAGAGAAUGAAUGUAUAGGCAUGGAGGAUUUGGGGCUUAUUGACAGCAAAGAGAAAGAAUCGAGGGAUUGUUCUGUAGGGUGUGAAAAAGUGAAGGUGGAAGAUGAAGAGAGCCCGUGUAAGGUUGAAACGGACGAGAUGGAAAUCGGAAUCAGAGAACCAUUUGAAUUGAACUUCGAUUAUGACUCUCCGGCAACACGUGAACAAGCGGAUGACGAAGACGACGAGAAGAAGGUCGCUUUGGAUAUGGCGAAUGAGAUGAGAAACGAUGGAGGAGAAGUCAAAGCAAAUAGUAAUCAGAGAAAGAGGAAGAUAUUAUUGCAGUUGGACUACGAAGCAGUCAUUUCUGCUUGGACAUCCCAGAAAUCUCCAUGGACGACCGGUGGCAAACCAGACUUGGACGCCGACGAGUGUUGGCCUGAGUGCAUGGGGGCGUGUGGAAUGGAGCUUCAUCAACCCUACUAUGGAGAAAUGGGGACAUACGGGUGCCAAGCAGGGAUGGGUGACGGAGGGAGAGAGGCUAGGGUGUCGAGGUACAGAGAAAAGAGGAGGACGAGGUUGUUCUCAAAGAAAAUAAGGUACGAGGUUCGCAAAUUGAAUGCAGAGAAGAGACCCAGAAUGAAAGGGAGGUUUGUGAAGAGGGCCUCUUUUGCAGUUGCAGCAGCAGCAGCACAGCCUUCUUCCUGCCCUUUCCUCAGCAAAUAAAUUAUUUUAAUUAAAUUAAUUAAUGCCUUUUCUUCUCCAUAGCUAGGCAGUUAAUUACUAGCUACCCCUGCCACCAAAUUUUGGUAUAUGUAUAUUUUGUUACAUAUUCCACCGUCUACCAAACUUUAUGUGUAUGUACAGUUCCACUAUUAAUGAGUAUGAAUAAUUAAUUG